UAUUGUAAAGUAAACGGCCGUUGUUCAAAAUAUUUUCAAUUUCGUUUGAAAAUAUUGUAUAUCGUCGCGUUUUCUCGAUUUACACUUAAUUAAACGGUGUUCUUAUAGUUGGCUAAUAAUGACGGCGAACCGAAAGAAAAAGGGGAACGCGGAGCCCAUGGAAGUGGAUGAAGUGGACGAAAACACAAAUGUGGUCGCAAACGGUGGGACUGAUGCGCCCGAUCAAGAAUUCCUUAUAGACGGUGAUGUAGACCGAGUUUCUGAAGAUGAAGAGGGUGGUAUCCGCAUGGGUGGAGUGUACAUACCGCCGGCGCCGAAGCCAGCCUGUACAUUUGACGCCACAGGCCCUAGACUCAUUAUAACGCAUAUUGUCAAUGAGAACUUUAAGAGUUAUGCUGGAGUGCAGACCCUUGGGCCUUUUCACAAGAGCUUCACAGCAAUCAUAGGCCCAAACGGCAGUGGAAAGAGCAAUGUGAUAGACUCUAUGUUGUUUGUGUUCGGUUACCGAGCCACCAAGAUCCGGUCGAAGAAGAUUUCCGUUCUCCUCCACAAGUCGAGCAAGCAUCCAAACAUCACUAGUGCCAGCGUUGCCGUCCAUUUUUGCCAGAUCAUUGACGGGGAAGGCGAGGACUUCACCGUGGUCCCGAACAGCGAGAUAGUAGUGUCCCGAACGGCGUUCUCAAACAACUCUUCAUACUACACAUUGAACGGCAGGAAGGUUCAGUUCAAGGAGGUGGGCAAGAUGCUCAACUCGCACGGCAUCGACCUCGACCACAACCGGUUCCUCAUUCUGCAGGGUGAAGUGGAACAAAUUGCGAUGAUGAAGCCUAAAGCCCAGACGGAGCAUGAAUCAGGGAUGCUGGAGUACUUGGAGGACAUCAUCGGAACGUCCAGAUACAAGGUACCUCUAGAGCAGCUGCUCGUAAAAGUAGAAGAAUUCAGCGAACUUCGUAAGGAGAAACUCAAUCGAGUGAGGCUUGUGGAGGCAGAGAAGGCCCAUUUGGAGGCCCCGAUGAGAGAGGCGGUGGAUCAGAUGAACCUUACGAACGUCGUCGUGAGAACACGGAAUACAUUGCUGCAGAAAUAUAUUCACGAGACGAAUAAGUUGAUCGAGGGAAAGACGCAGUUGCUGACUGAAUUGCUGGCAGCUUUAGCGGAGAUAGAAGGAAAAGUGAACACAGCUCAGGAAAAUCUUAAUGACAAAACCGCGGUGCUCAACAAUGGGACUAAGAAAUACGAUGAUUUGUCGAAGAAAAAGGAGGAGUUCACCCAAAAGCUCUCCGUGUGUAAGAAGAAAACAGUCACCACGCAGGCGGACAUCACGCAAGGAAACAAGAAGAAGAAGAAUCUAGAAACACUUAUUGAGCAGGAGAAGGGGAAACUUAUUGAGUUGGAACUGGUGCCCGAAAAGAACGCCAAGGAAAUAGAAGAUUGCGAGGGUCUGCUGGCCAGACAUCGGGAAAACAAAGUUAAGGCCGAAGAGGAGCUGCAGACGGUCAUGGCCAGCGUCAGGUCAAAGACGCAAGGCCUUCAAGAAACAAAAGACAAGCUGCAAGCCAAGAUGAUCGAGUUGAAACGCAUUGUGGACGAAGCCAACAAGGACUUCAAACUUCGGGAGUCAGAGCUCAAGAUCUACCUCAGCACGGAGACGAAAGAGACGGAAAAGCUGGAGAAAAUGAAAGAGAGCUACGAGAAAGCCGCUAGGGACUUAACUGAGAAGAAAACUUUACAAGAAGAACUGGCGUCUACGGUGCCUACUAAUGAGAAGCAACUGACGGAUCUCCAGUCGCAGCUGCGAAACAUGAAGCAGGAGGAAAACACUGUGCUCACAGAAGCUAGAACUUUGAGAGCGCAGCUCGAAGAGUCUCGAGCGGCGUUGAACGCGAACCGCUCGCGCGGCAGAGUGCUGGACUCUCUCAUGAAUGAGAAGAAAAAGGGGAAAAUGCCCGGGAUCUUCGGAAGGCUUGGUGACUUAGGAGGCAUCGACCCAAAAUAUGACGUAGCCAUAUCCACGUGCUGCGGUCCCCUAGACAACAUCGUUGUAGACACAGUUAAAACAGCCCAGGCCGCGCUCGAUCACUUGCGUAGGCACGAUAUUGGCCGCGCCACCUGCAUCACGCUGGAGAAAAUACAGCAUCUCGACUAUCAGACUAAGAAGACAUUCCCAGAAAACGUGCCGCGUCUCUUCGACCUGAUCACAGUACGCGACGAACGCAUGUUACCAGCGUUCUACUUCGCGCUGCGAGACACACUCGUGGCGGACAACCUCGACCAGGCGCGUCGCAUCGCGUACGGCCGACAACGACACCGUGUCGUGACACUAGCCGGGGAGGUCAUUGAGAUAUCCGGUACCAUGUCUGGUGGUGGUCGGACCAUGUCUCGCGGCCGCAUGGGCAGCUCAGUGCAACAGGACACUAACGAACAGGACCCCAGGGUGCUGAAGGCUAAUGAGGAACGAUUGGCUGCACUUGAAGAAAGACUGUCUACAUUGCGAGGCGAGCACAGUGUGAUAGAAGAGAACGUGGUAUCGCUUCAGCGAAGCACGCGCGAAGGGAAGUCCACACUCAACAAGCUCAACUUCGAGCUGAAGAGUCUUGCUGAACAAGUGCCGCUGUUACAGAACCAAGUUCGACAACAAGAGACGAAAGCGGCCUCGUCCCGAGUAGACGAGGCCCAGAAGGCACGGCUCGAGGCCGCAGUAGAAGACGCCAAGGAGAAACUUGACCAGGCCAAACGGGACGCCAGCGAGGUGGAAAAAGAAGUGCACGGAGUGGACGCCCAAAUCGCAGCCGUCGCCGGCAGCAAGGUCAAGGAGCUCCAGAAGAGUGUCGACGACCUCUCCAAGAAGAUCGAUAAGGUGUCCAGCGAGAUCACCAAGCUACGGGUCGCUAUUAACACAAGCAAGAGAAACGCCAAAAAGUCCAAAGACAAGAUAGCUCAGAUGGAAGCGGACUUGGCCGAGAACGAGAGGAAACUGGAGACGUGGAACAACGAGAAGAAACAGCUCACUCUCGACAGCGCCGAGAUGCAGAAGUUUAUUGAGGAGUUGGACGAGCAAAUCUCCGAAGGAACCGACUCAUUCUCGGAGCUGAAGAAAGAGAUAGCGGCACUCCAAGCGAAAAUGAACAAGUACAAGAGCGAGCAACUUGAAGCCAAAAACAACGUCACCAAGAUGGAGAAGAGUAUCGUCGACUUCAGAGCUAAGAUGCCGCAAUUAGAGCGAGACCUACGAAACCUGAAGCUAGAAGACCCAGGCAUCGAAGGAGUGCCCGGUAUCGAGCCACCAGAGCCACUCGCAAAACACACUGUGGAAGAACUGGAAGAAAUGGCCGUCGACGAACUUAGGGAGCGACUCACAGCGCAGCAAGGCCGCUUGGGAGAUGCUAAACCCAAUCUACAGGCUAUACAGGACUACAAAGCGAAAGAGGAGCUAUACAUAAAGCGCGCGGCCGAACUGGAUCAGAUCACAGCGCAGCGGAACGAAGUUCGAAACGGAUACGACCAGCUCAAGAAGAGACGCACCAGUGAUUUCUUAGCAGGGUUCAACACAAUAACAACGAAGCUGAAGGAAAUGUACCAGAUGAUCACUCUCGGCGGAGACGCGGAGUUGGAACUCGUAGAUACCCUGGACCCUUUCACCGAGGGAAUUACCUUCAGCGUUCGUCCACCCAACAAGUCCUGGAAGAACAUCUCCAACCUCUCCGGCGGCGAAAAGACCCUGUCUUCGCUCGCGCUAGUGUUCGCGCUGCACUACUACAAGCCCACACCGCUAUACGUUAUGGAUGAAAUCGACGCCGCGCUCGACUUCAAAAAUGUGUCGAUCGUGGCUAAUUAUAUCAAGGAACGCACCAAAAACGCUCAAUUCAUCAUCAUUUCCCUCCGCUACAACAUGUUCGAAGUGUCCAACCGACUGGUCGGCAUCUACAAGACGGAGGACUGCACCAAGUCGCUCACCAUAGAGAACAAACUGCCCGAGAAGCCUCAAGAAGACAUCGCUGUGUCGUAAAAUGAAGCGUUCCAUGCCUCUUCUCCUUCUCGGUCCCUCAUUGUUGAGGAUCGCGACCAUACAGCAUCAACAGCCGUGUGUUGCGCGCUGGAUGCCGUCCUCUUCGCAGCAUCUGACCAUCCCAUGGGUGCCCUACCCUGAGCACGCUUCCUGUUCAUUUGCCCCACAAUGAUGAGCUUCUUUAACCUCCUGGGUCCUGGUGCGUUGUAUGAGUACAUAAGGUUUGAACUUUUACAAGAAUAAAAGAGUUCUAAAUUCAAAAGCACAAACAUUUUCCAGGGAUCCACGAGCUAGAUCAUGCUUAUCGGAGCGCAUAUGUCAUAUUCACAUUUGUACCCGCCGAGAAGAGACGCUCAAUACAAGUCAUUACUAUUCCAAAUGUGGGACAAGAGAGUUCGUUUGUCAUGUUUGGCUACUUCAAUUUUUAAUAUGAAGUUAACAUUUUCGCAACCUAGAACUCGCUGGGCGGGUUCCACCAUACAAGCGGACAAGCAAGCAUAAAUUACGACCGGUUUCUGACGUAAAUAGUGCGCCAUUUCCUGUGCUUAUUAACAUACAUACUUAGUUACCUUUAUCUGAUGUUUACUGUAAGAUAUUAUUGUAAUUUUAAUAAUAAAUUGAUAAGACAUUA